AUGAAUUUUGACCAGAAGUCUGUGAAAUUCCUGGCAAAUUUUUACAUCAAUGGAGGCAAACACUGGACCCACGGCCCCCUGAGGCAGAAGCCCCUUGUGCCUUCCCCACCCAAUGCUGCUGUGCUCUUGUCGGGCCUGGAGCAGGAGCCAGGGGCCACCUUGGAUGAGAUGCGUCCCCUAGGGAUACAGGAAUUCCCGGCAGGCCUCAGGAUGCAAACAGGCCCCCUCCAGGAUCCCAUCUGCACCCAGAGCCUGAGGGAGCUGUUGCUGGAGCGACGCCCCCCCAUCAUGAUUGACCUGGACGUCCCUGGCCCCACCAAGUACCAGGUGCCAGAUGCUUCAAUCCGAGAGUCCUCCCCACACCCCCACUUCAGCAUCGGCCGCAAGCACCCUACUCACGAAGGCAGCAGCCGCAGGGCGUGGCAGACGGUGUGGUUCCAGAGCGAAAGCCCCUUCACACUGAAAGCCAACUUUAACCGAGAGGAAAAGUGGCCAUCACCCGCUGACUACCAGCAGCCCAGCCUGCAUGCCUGCCGGGCCUCCAGCUUUGGGGGCCGCCCUGCCUCAAGGACACCCGAGGCCCGAGCCCACCUGAGGAUGCUGCCCCAGCCCCCACUUCAGGCCCUUCUGCCAGCCCCGGCUGGCAAGACCGGCCCCAGCCCCAACACCUAUGACAUCCUGCCCGGGUGCCGCCUGAAGAGUCCAUGCCCGCCAGCUUUCUCCAUGAGCCGUUCACCGCUGCUUGCCUCCUGUGUCAGCUCCUCGUGCACCCCUGGCCCGGCUGCCUACCAUGUGGAGGACUGCUACAACUCACGCUUCCCCUCCGUGCCCGGAGUGCUCAUCCAAGGCGUGCGAAGACCCAAGCGCCAUGACACUGGCCCCUUCUGCGCCAUAUAG